AUGCUUUCUGGAACAAUAAGGGCAUCGAGAAGAAGAUUUCUCUUUUCCAGGUUGCUGAAGGUGACUGUCCCUGUCAGAUUAUACUCUAAUCCACAGGACAAGAAACAAACCAUUGAGCAAUUCAACAAGUCCAAAGUUGACUAUAAAUUUGGCUACAAUUUCGACACCAUAGAUGAUCUAGACAAGAAGAUCAACCCCGAUAGACAAGCAACUAUUGAUUUAGAAGAUGAACUUGCUGCUAAUUUCAACACCAGAAUAGAAAAUGACCCCCUGUUGGCCAACCUCAGGUAUGGUUCUCCUGAAUAUAAGGAACAAUUACACAACCUUUAUGAAGAGUUCAAGAAAAAGCAAGAAAAAGAUAGAAAGAGAUUCGAGUUUAAUGAGAGAAUGAAAGGUGUAGGUAUGGGUGUUCUUAUUGUCGUAGGUGCCAUUAGUGCUCAUCAAAUCUUUAUGAAUUAUCAAUAUUUGAAAACUAGUAUCAUGGCGGAUUAUACUUAUAAGAUUGGUGACAGUAAGGCUCAAGAUUUAUCAGCACCCGAAUUAAACACUAAGCGUGUGGCAAAUUUUGCUGAGAAGUUGGAGAGUGAAUUGAAUGAUGAAACUAUAGCAAAUUUGCAGAACUCAACCGAAGUUCCUGGAUUAUAUGUGUUUGGAAAGCAUAAUGGCCAAAAGUUACCUAUCCGUCUACCAUUCUUUAAUGGUAUGCUACUUAAAGAUGUUUACAUAUCACCAGAUUAUUUAGUAGUUGUAAAUGAAAAGGGUCAAGUUUACCAAUGGUACAAAGGUCUUGAAACACCUCAAUUGAUGAACGUGCCAAUCAACGUUAAACAAGUUUGCGUUAGUGGUGAUUACCUUUAUAUGUUAUCUGAAAAGGGUGAAGUUGUAUAUACUCCAAGACCAGAGGUCAAAUCUGCCGAAUUCACCCCACUCAAAACUAGAAAUUUGUUAGGUAUUCAAAAGGAACAAACUUAUAAUAAGGUAGAUGUCCCUGGUGCUGUGCAGCAAAUUUCCUCAGGUAAGGAUCACCUCUUAUGUUUGAGUCGUAAGGGGAAAGCAUAUGUUAUUAACACUUCAUCCACUCCUGAGAAUUAUGGUCAGUAUGGUCCUGCAUUUUCACCUUUUGAUAAGUCAGUUGAAAUUCCUUGUAAUAAAGCCAUUGACAUUACAUUAUUGAAUAACGAAUUGAUCACAAAGAAAGAUGGAAGCAAAUCUGUGAAGGAGCGUACAUUCACUAGUGUUGCUGCAGGAAGCAACUUCAAUAUCGUUGCGGAUCAAGCAGGAGAAAUUUGGACCUGGGGUCAAAACAGCAAUGGUGAAUGUGGAAUUGAACUUAAUCUCAAAAAUGAAUUACAACCAGUGCCUAAGAAGAUCUUAUCCAAGAAAGAUAUCAUCCGUGCCUUUUUCAUACACUUGCCUAAAAAUGUCACAACCGAUAAUCUCACCAUUGAUAAAGUAUUGGCUGGUAAUGAAUCCUCAUAUGUCCUUGUUAGCUAUAUUGAUCCUGAAGAUUCGACUCAAAAUAAGCAAGUUGUGUUAAGUUUUGGAAAUGGUGUCAAUGGACAAUUGGGAAACAAUAGAUAUUUACAUGUAUGUUCCAAACCGCAAAUUAUGAAGUCUCUUCUUGGGUUGGAAGAAUACGACGAAGCCAAGAAUGCUUUGACUAAUAUUGGAAUCAAGGAUAUCAGUGUGGGUGAUAAACAUUUGUUUGUGACUUUGGAUAAUUCUGGAACUAACAAAGACGUUCUUGCUGUUGGUGAGAAUGAAUCUGGUCAACAUGGAAAUGGAAAGAGGGUCAAGACAAACAAACCAGUACAAUUGCCUAAGUUGAUUGAACCAGAAGAUUUCGAAGGACAGACUAGAAAGAAGUUAGUUCAAAAAGUAGGUGAUGUUGUCACAAAUAGAUUGCUGUUAUUGUCUGGUACCCAAUUACCUAACGGGACUAACAUUGAGCAAGUCAUUGUUGCAGGAAAGGAAUCCUCUGCUAUUUUCUAUAGACGUAGUUAG